AUGGAUACAAGUGUAACGAAACCACCGUCACUACCAUCGCCGUCGCCACGUGCACCUGCACCGCCACCACCACUAGUGAUUCCUCGCAAAAGUCUAAUAAGAGCUAAUAAUGACGUAGAAAAUUAUUUAGUUGUUAAUCCUAUUCAUCAGAAAUUUUUGCAAAAUUCAAGAUUUUUUUCAUAUUUUCAAAACUCUUUACAGAAAAUAUGUCCGAUACAAACUGAAAUCAUUCAACAACAUCUACCAACAGCAGAAGAUAAUAGAGAUGAUGACGACAAUCAAUUGCUCGAUUUUAAUAUUCGGUUAUCAGGAACAAGAGAAAAUAUACAAUCUGGUCGUGACGUUAUCAAAAUUUUAUUGGAAAAAAUUCAGACAAAAGUAUACACAGACGAGAAAGUUAAAGCUUGGUUUCGUUAUCCACCAGCAAUCAGUAUCGUACAGAAAAUUAUGGACAAGAUUGACAAUGUACUUACUGUUUGCGAACUAAUUGAUUAUACAGAUGAUGAUUUAAUAGUUCAUUAUUUCAAUUAUACUUCAAAUGAUGCACAAGAAAUUGAUAAAAUAAUUUUCAAUAAUAUUUUAGAUGAAACAAUUCUGCUACCAUUAGACAAUCAACAAACAAUCAAAUUGCAAACAGAAAUAAAUGAAAUAAUAGAGAGUCAACAAAAUCAAGAAACAAUUUUUGUUGCGCUAAAUGAAAUUAUCAAUAGAAAAUAUGGAAGGAAAAACGAAGAGCAAAUUAUCAUUUUUGGUCAUAUCGAUUUAGUGAAUAAAUUUAAAAAAAAAUUUCAUAAUUUAAUCGAUAGAUAUCGAUUAAUAACAUUUAAAUUAAAACAAAUGGGUUCCACUCAUAAAGAUUAUCUUCUAAAUGAUUGUUCAACAGAAAUAUGGCAAAUUGAAGAACAGUACAGAGAUGACGGUGUAAACAUACGAUUAACACAAGAUGAGUUCGAUUCUCCAGAAUAUUUAAAAGAUGAAAUUGAAUCAUCCGUCAAUCAAUUACUAUCUCAAUCAAAAACUAAGAGGUUCAAAAGUAUAGAAUUAUUUUCUGAUAUAGCAGAAAAAGAAUGUUUAUAUAUAAAAAAUAUUGCAAAAAAAAAUCAUUGUUAUAUUGAAAUAAAAUUAAAAACAAAAUUAAACAUACACGUUAUACCAAAGGCUGCUGUUAUUACGCCACCAUCAUCAAAACGAAUAAUUGAACAGUCUAACUUAUUAUGUAUUUCACCAGAUGUAUUUAAAAGAGCUAGGAUGACGAAUGGAGGGCUAAUCGAAGUUUUCAUUGGAGAUAUAGCUUUACAAAAGGUGGAUACGAUUGUCGUUUCAUCCACAUUGACUGGAUUGAAAGAAGUUAUAAUUGAACGAGCUGGUGGAUUACAGCAGAAUCCUGUAGAAAAUGAAAAACAAUUCGGUACUUUUACGUUAACCGAAACAAACGCUGGUCAAUUAUCCUGUAAAAAAAUUUUAUUUUCAAACUGGUUACCAAAAUUCACAAGUAAUGAAAAUGUUUUACGAAAAUCUGUACAAACAUUUAUUUCACAAUCAAUACAAUAUGCAACACGUCAACAAUCACAACAGCAGGAUAUGAAAAUUGAAUCGAUCGCAUUUGUUGUUCCUGAUUUAUCUGGUGAUUCAAUUGCAAAAGAAAACAUUUUAGCACAUGAAAUGAUGAAUGAAACAAAACAUCAAAUUGAAUUAAAAAAAUCAUUUCUUAAAAUUUCAUUUAUUCUAUUACCGGAACAACAAACAUUAUAUAAACAAUUUUCAACAAUAAUUGAAACAAUGCAAACAGAUAACAACGGUUAUGCACAAUUUUAUUGGUCAACAUCAAUUAUGAAAAUUACUCUCACAUCAUCAUCACAAGAGUAUUUAGACAAAUGUGAAGCAAAAUUAAAAAAUUAUCUAAAUCGAUGUAUGAUUAAACUGGAAGUAACAAAAGAUGGUUUUAAAGAAUGGAAUCAACACAUGAUAAAUGCAUAUUAUAAAUUUUGUAAAGAGAGAUGUGUUUUACCACAAAUAAUUGAGAAUAAUAAAGAGCAAAAACUUGAAUUAAUUGGAACAAACAAUGGUACCA